AUGCCCCCAGCUUUUCUUGCAGUGGCUUCGCAACCGUCCUCUCAGCUAUCCCUCAAUGAAUUUCACGACUGGUAUGAGGAAGAACAUAUACCCCUACGUCUUAAUCGGCUUCCAUCGUUUCUGUCGGGCGCGCGGUAUUAUGCAGCGGAUCACGACGUCAGCCCUCCAGCAGAUGAAACCCGACCUGGAUGGUUAGCAAUGUAUGAGAUCGACGACACCCAGACUUUCUCUGACGAAAGCUAUACGAACUUAAGGCUCCAGAGAAGUGAAAGAGAGAAGGGAGUCAUGAACCGAUUGUCUGUUCUGACAAGGAAGACAGGUGAAUUGCUUGGCGUAUGGGGAGAGGAUGAAGGCACACAAGGAAUCCAGACAACCGGGUUGAAAGUUGGGAAACCUUCGGAGUGGAUCAUCACACAUGGCAUAAGCGCUACUGUGAGCGGGGAUGAAGGUGUCAUAGAUCUGGAUGACAAACUGAAGAAAUGGGCGGUAAUUGUGACGCAAAUACUGAAGGAAGACAGCAACGGGUGGAUACGAACAAGGUUGGUAAAGGUACUUGAAAAGGGCGUCACAAAAAUGGGCAUCAACGCGGAGCUGGAAAAGGAGGAAGAGAGCAUUAAUUAUUUUGCCGUUCAUGAAUUCCUUGAUCAAGGCGCAGCUAUGAGUGAGGCGACAAAGGCUGUUAUUAGGCGGACCUGCAACCAGCACCUAGAAUUGGCAGACUGGAGAAUUUGGAAGCUGCUUCGGGCGUAUCCUUGUAUUGCACAACACAACUUACACUGA